CAACCAUUGACAUCUAUUACGAGCAUAUCCUCAACAGGUCUUGAAUCCCCUAUCUCUACUGCUAUUAGUGGUACUUCUGCCUCUACGCUCUUGUCAAUAUCCUUGGCCACUACGGCUUCAUUUAUUGAGGAGAACGAUUCUUCUGUGUUACCUAUUGUGCAUUCAAUUUCAACUUCAACAUCAACAUCAGAUUCGGCUCAUUUCGCUGCUAACUCUGCAGGCUUUGCGCACACUCACUCUGGCCCAGCAGACAAAAGCCAAACUAAUAAUAGCAGCGCAGGAUUUCCAAUUGCAUCAAAUAUUAACACGAACACAACCUCGGGCCCGCGUUUAGACUCCAGCACAGGCACAGGCACAGGCACAGAUAUAGUCAAUAAGACAUAUUCAAAAACAGGCCCAAUCGGAGCCAAGAUCACCCAGACCAUGCCAUCAAGUAAUAACAAUAAUGGCUCUAACACGACUACAGGAGGUUCUGCUAAUUCAAAGCACCCCUUUAUGGUAGGAAGUUUGCUCCAGCAACGGGUUGAAGCCGAGAAGCAAGAGAUUGAAAACAUGAAGCAGCAGCUAAAAAUGCGAGAACAAGCUGGUGUCAUUGGCGCUUUGCGUGGUGCUGUGGGUUCAUCUGGGAUAACAAACGAAAGCACGACUAGUUUGAAUUAUUCUCCGGGAUAUGUUCAACAGCAACAGUUGCAGCAACAGCAGAACCAACAUCAGCAGCAGCUGUUACAACAGCAUCAGCUUCAAAUGCAACAACUUCAACAGCAACAGUCUGGGCCUAGAUUUGGUGGUCCAGGAACCCUGAUCGAAAAGGGAGAGGCUCGUACGGCGCAGUUGCUAGAAAGGUCCAAAAGUGCAGGUACGGGACUGAUGCGCCCCUCAGCGCAUAGUUCCAAGUCAGGCUAUCAGAAGACACGGUCCAAGAGCCGAGGCGCUCCUGAGGAUCGCGUACCGCUUGGAGGCAAUGCCUCGCCACAUUCUCAAUCUCCUAAACUGCCUUCCUAUUCCAACGGUGGCGCGCAACCAGUGCCACAAGGCCCCCUACUGCAGUUCGAGGAUCCUAAUGCUAUGAUUCAGCCGGGAUUGUUGCUCUCAAGGGCAAAGUCCGCAAAACCAGCACUGAAUAGCGGAAAUAAAAAUUCGGGCACAGGCAGCCAAAACUCUAACGGGAGCUCCAAAAGUAGGCAAGUUACUGGAGGUGAAGCUUUGUCGAGUCAUGGCAAUCGGCCUCGAAUCAAACCCUUAAUCGAUCUGAGGAACCAUAACACAGGCCAGGAUGUCAUCAAACCAGGGUUGCUUACGAACAGCAGCUCGAAUAGCAGUAGCAAUAAUACGCAGGUUAGCUCAUACUCACAGUCAGCAAAGUCACCACAAAGGCGUAACAAGCCCUUGCUGGAAUUUUAGGCUCAGAAUAUUUAGUCCUGUUGCCACCAAAAAUAUCCUGCCUUUUAAGGGUUAUAAUAUAUUACCAAAAACAAUAAUAAAAGCCAC